AUGGAAAAACUUGCUUGCAGAUUGACGAACCUCUUUGAUGAACACCCGAUCUCACAGCAAUCUCGGAACCUGUCUUACGGUACUCCGGGAUACCGAGGUAAAGCUGACCUUUUGCAUGGCAUUGCCAUAAGAAUUGGUGCCUUUGCGUGUCUUCGUUCUAUUCAACAAGGCGGUAAGGCUGUUGGAGUGAUGAUUACGGCAUCCCACAAUCCUCCAGAGGACAACGGCUUAAAGCUUAUUGACACUGAUGGUGGUAUGUUUUCACCGGAUUUGGAGCCCAGUGUGGUGAAAUUUGUCCGAUUGCGGAGCGAUGAGUUAGAGGACUUUUUACUCGGCUACUUUGCUGACUCCUACGACGCAUGCAUUGAACCUCAGGUGUUCUUUGGUUGGGAUUCUCGCGUAAGCUCUGUAGCUCUAUCUCAAGAGGUGAAGAAGGGUGUAAUGGCGACCGGUGGAAAGUAUGUAGACUUUGGACUUGUCACAACGCCACAAUUGCACUUUUUGGUCCAUAUUCAGACCCGUCAUCACGUGCCAAAUUGCCUAGAGGACUAUGUGGAAGUGUUCACUCGCCGUUUCGUUAAGGCUUUCUCUACACUACGUGAUGGUUCUGGCGAAAUCCAUUUGAAUGUGGACUGUGCUCAUGGCGUGGGGGCGCUGGCAUUGACCUCGCUCUCCUCACGUCUCUACUUAGCCUUUAAGGCGCCAACCUACCCCGUCGACAGUCCGCGCCUCUCUCUACAUACCUAUAACACACUCACCAGCGAGAAAGAUCUUCUCAAUCGAGGGUGUGGAGCCGACUUUGUUAAGCUCCAUAUGGAGCGACCGGAGCUGACACCGCCAACAUCGGAUGCCGCGCCUUUUGCACCAUCAACGCGGUGGGCCACAAUUGAUGGGGACGCAGACCGCUUGCUAUACUUUUUCUGCCCUUUGGGCAUGGAGGGCACCUCUCUGUGCCUACUAGACGGCGAUCGCAUCUCUAUUCUCUUUACCGCCUUCAUAGCCGAUCGUCUGCGACUAUCCCGAGAGGAUGAGCUAUGCCUCCAACUUGGUGUCGUUCAAACUGCAUACGCUAAUGCUGCUUCAACGCGUUACCUCCGCCAAUGCCUCGGACCCGACGCUGCCAACUCAGUUGUGUGCACUCUCACUGGCGUGAAACAUCUACAUAAGGCCGCCAAGAAUUUCGACUUUGGUGUCUACUUCGAAGCGAAUGGGCAUGGGACCGUCGUAGUGUCGGAGCGGGCACAAGACUAUGUCUCAAGUCUGGAGGAAGAUGAUCCUUUGCGGCUCUUUGUAUCGUUGUUAAAUACGGCGGUGGGAGACGCACUAACUGACCUCCUUUUGGUGGAGUAUGUGUUAGCAGCACGCGGCCUCUCCCUCGACCAAUGGUUUGCCCUCUAUCACGAUCUGCCGUCGCGUCAACUUAAGGUUACAAUCGCUGAUCGAACCGUAAUUCAGACCAUCGAUGCGGAUCGCAAGGCCACACAUCCACCGGGCUUACAAGAUGAAAUCGACUUCUUAAUUAGAGAAGCGGAUACAGCGGCGAUGAAGUCGGGGCUGGCGACUUCAGGGGAGGGAGGGGGAACGUCUCGGGCUUUUGUGCGUUCCUCGGGCACGGAAGACGUGGUUCGCGUGUAUGCUGAGUCUGCAACUCAGUCCCUCGCCGACUGGCUGGCUCAGAGCGUUGCCUGUCUUGUCUACCGGUACGCCAAUGGCGUGGGGCCUGAGCCACCGGCCCCUGGACCUGUUCCUGUUUGA